AAAAAAUACUGCCUAACGUUCUUCGGGGUUAGCUAAGAUUUUAAAUGCUAACAAGAGACACAAAUCAUAGUAGUUUAUCAGUCUGUCAUUAACUGAAGCUGAUUUUUGUUAGUUGUUUUGUUUCGUUUGGUCGUCACUCAAGCUUGUCAAGUUUCACUCAACAUAUUUAUCGCCUGAACUGUCAAGAAUGAACCAAGAGAAGACAGAAGCAAAAUGUCAGUCAAGUGCACCUGUGGCUUGCAUUCAUGCACCUGUUUACCAGCAAACCAACCAUAACCAGUACAUUGGUUUUUUUCAUGGAGCACCUGUCCUACCUGAGAUGACAGAGACCCUACAGUCUAUUCCCAUGACCAGCACACAGGCACCACAGACUCCAUCAGGCACCUUUCAGUAUUAUGGGGAGACACUGAAUUGCGUGCAGCACUAUUGUUUGCCCCAGUUGCCAGGAGCUCCUGUUCAGUUCCUGCAUGAGGGGAAACAGAACCUGCUGUCUGUGGCUACCAUGACCAACACACAAACACAACAGCAUCUACCAAGCACCCCUGUGUACAUGAGGGCGAUGCUUGAUGGCCUGCAGACAAAUAGUAAGCUGAGAGAGCCAGGUUCUGCAAGUGACUUGACUGCCUGCCAGCAGCAUAUACCCAGCUCCAGCCUCCCACAGGGGGUGGUAGGGGCCACCAGUGCUCACAGCUCCAAGAAACCUGCAGAGGAUGCCACACAAAAGAGAGAGCUUCGCUUGAUGAAGAACAGGUUGCUUCCAGGGAAGCCUGCCCGAGAGUGUCGACGAAAGAAGAAGGAAUAUGUCAAAUGCCUUGAAAAUCGCGUGGCCGUGCUUGAAAAUCAAAACAAGACUCUGAUUGAGGAGCUUAGAGCCUUAAAAGACAUUUAUCGACACAAAGUUGAGUAAAUCCUCUGACUAGAGGAGGAGACACGAUUGUGCGGGACUGUGUUGUCUGCUUCUGUGGGGUGUCUUGAGGACUCUGGUUUUGCUUAUACAGACACACGUACACUCACACAAAACACUCCUUGUCCUUGCUGUUAAAUGUGUUUACACGAUGAUGUCAAUGUUUCUGGCUCUGAAUUAUCCAUGCACCACUACCAGCAAAAACAAGAACCUUGUUUCAGGUCAGGGUUAUUGUCAGUGUGUAUUACGAGGAGCUUAUGUCACUUUGCACAGGGAGGCUGCCAGAGCAAGCAGGACGAGGAAGAAGGAAUAUAUGACCUACCUGCAGAUUCACAACACCUUACUGGAGGCAGAGAAUCAGAAACUUAAGGCCUAGCUGCAGAGCUUGAGCAUCCUAACAUCCUGCCCAUUUGGACGCCCAGCCUGUAACUGCCACUAACACCAGUGCUAUUAUCACCAUAACUGCACUGUGUUUUACAUUCCUCUAUGAUUAGUUUAAGAUACUAUUAUCAGUUGAAUGGUCUUUGUGCAGGUAUAUUUUGCUACCGAUGUUUGUUCAGGGAAACUCUGUCAUUAGCCAAUUGUUCAAAGGGAAUCCGAUCAUCAGGCUUUCACAUAGCAAUGUUUGUGUAUUUUAUUCCACUUCAGAAAUUCUUAUGCAAGCAUACUAACAGGACUCAACACCUGCUGCAUUUAUCACCCGCUACCCAUCUUCAUAUUUAAUGUAGAGACCUGUCAGGAUCUGUUGUGCAUCUCUACGAGGACUUUUCUUUAACCUGCAGUGUUAAUAUUUAUUUGGGCAAAUUUACCCCACAUUUUUCUAGUUUUGAAUACCAGUGCAUUGUUUGUACAAAAAUAAGAAAAAAGUAUUUGUCUUAAUUUGAACAUGUGUAUAUUUAGUUAAAUACAUUUGUGGAAGUUGUAUUAACUUGCUGUUUUAAAUCACUUUGCUUCUUCUCAGUAUACCUGGCUGAAUUCAGGAGUGCAUUUAUGUAACUCAUUUGUUUUAAUGACAAAAUAUGAUGCCAAAAUUAAGUUUUUCAACUUCAGUUUUGGUGUUUUAUUUCUCCUCUGUAACAUGUUAGCUGUUGUCUUGUUCUCACCACAUCAUAUUUAAAGGCAAAGGUUAAGAUAUUUUUAGAUUUGCCUCAAUAAAGUUCUUGCUCAUCUCUC